GGUGGAGGAGAAGAACAAUAAGCUAAAGAAUUUCAAGGCUGAAUUGUCCAAGGAGAAGGAAUCUCGUGCUAGUGAUAAGGCUUCGUUUACCGUGGCGCAAGUGAAAUUAUUAGACUCCUUCCGAGCCCAAUUGCUCUUGGCUUUAUAAGUUGUCUAUGGUCUCGAAUUAGGCUCGACCUGGCCCAUGACUUUCAAGCCGUCAAUAGUUUUGAUUUUCCGCUUCUCAUUUAAUUGCCCACUUCCAUCCUUCAUUCAGUUUCCAAUAUCCUUCGAUGCUCAAAAUCUCAGACUGAUUUGGGGAUCGUGGAGUGCACGUGUUCUCUUCUUCUUCUUCAGCUGUUUUUCUUCUUUCAGAUUAAGACAUAAAAUCCAAGCAACGACAUGGAGGCAGUGCCUAUACAGAGUGAAAACUUCAAGCUAGGGUUCAUCGGAGCAGGGAAAAUGGCAGAGAGCAUUGCCAGAGGAGUGGUACAAUCUGGUGUUUUGCCUCCCCAACGUAUUUCUACAGCAAUCCACUCAAAUCCCAGUCGUGGUACUGCCUUCCAGUCACUCGGCAUCUCUGUUUAUAGUCACAACACCGACGUUGUGGAUGCUAGUGAUGUGAUAAUUUUUUCUGUGAAACCCCAAGUAGUUAAAAAUGUGAUCUUGCAGCUGAGGCCGUUACUUUCAAAGAAAAAGCUCCUGGUUUCAAUUGCUGCAGGAGUAAAACUGAAGGAUCUGGAAGAAUGGGCUGGCCAUGACCGAUUUAUCCGGGUGAUGCCCAACACACCAUCUGCUGUUGCUAUGGGAGCUUCAGUUAUGAGCUUGGGAGGAGCUGCAACAGAACAGGAUGGGGAAUUAGUUGGUAAAUUAUUUGGAGCAGUUGGCAAGACAUGGAAAGCUGAUGAGAAACUGUUUGAUGCUGUCACUGGCCUUAGUGGCAGUGGUCCCGCUUAUAUAUAUUUAGCAAUUGAAGCUUUGGCUGAUGGGGGAGUGGCUGCUGGUCUUCCGCGAGAACUAGCAUUGGGACUUGCUUCUCAGACUGUUUUGGGAGCAGCUGCUAUGGCUGUUCAAUCUGGGAAGCACCCUGGUCAGCUGAAAGACGAUGUUACAUCACCUGGUGGGACUACAAUCGCCGGCAUUCACGAGUUAGAGAAGAAUGGUUUCCGGGGAACAUUGAUGAAUGCAGUUGUGGCAGCUGCUAAGCGUAGCCAAGAACUUUCCAAGAAUUAGAAGAGUCAGUCCACUUGAUUCGCUUGAAAUCUUGGAACAGAUGAUUGCUGGACAAUCAUUUUAUUUAACAAUGAGAGAGAGACCAAUGAGUUUAGCUUUGCUUUUAUAUAUAUUUGCAGGGUUUAAGAUUUAUAUACAAAUUUGUUUUGUAUUGGCUUUUUUUUUUUUUUAAAAAAUAAACUAAACUAAGAGGUUGGUUAUUCAAUUAUUCGUAAGUUUUCGUUUUGUUUAGUCAAUCUUGUUAUGGUGACACCAUUGAACGGGUGAUGGUCGGAAUUGACUGGUCUGAAGGAGGUAGAUGAUGUUCUUGAGGUUAAAGAACAUGUUAGUGGCAGCAGCAGAUGGUUGGUGCCUGUUAAGAGUAGGGAACGUAGUUGGGGUUCGUGUGAUAGAGCGUUUGCAUCCCAUCAGCUGGAGCAGCUUGUAAUUCUGAGCUUCAAUGAAAGUAUCGCCGUCUCAAACUAGUUAUUGAGAUGGUUGAUUUAAUCUUUAAAAA